ACUGCCAAUGUGUUUAGUAUCCACACUCCAGUUCAGUUUUUGCCAGUAAAGUACGAUACGUGACUCUGCCAACUGCUGUUAAAUAUAGACGAAGCAAAAGGAAAUAAAAAAAGUGUCUCAUUGCAAGUGUACAGAAAAUGAAUGAUUUGCUUGUUUUAAAAUUGGAAACAUUCGCACAUAUACGUCGUUUAGUAAUCAAUGCAUUUGUAUUUUAAUCCUGUGAAAUUUCACGCGGCACUUUCAGAGCUUUACCUCCACCGUUCACUUCCGCCGGCACAUCAAAGCCAUCUUUGUUUCGCGAGGAUUUAACGAACGUUCUACGAGCGGCGUACGGGGAGCCUCGUUACUUUAAGUUGACUACUUUGAAGUUUUUUGGAGCCCGGGACCAAUGCGGGAUGUCUGAAGCGGAACGUGCGGAUCGAGCAGUGCGCUUCUUCUGCACCGCUGGGAGAGGCUUGGAGCCGUUUCUUGCAGCGGAGGUGGCAGCCAAACUGUCGGCGGUUGACGUGGAGUAUGGCACUGGGAAAGUGUUCUUCAGCGCCAACUUAAACCCAGAAAAGCUGUCACAACUAAAAGCUGCAGAACGGCUUUUUUUGCUGAUCAGGAAAGAAUCCCCUAUCAAAGUGCCAUGGAAUACAGGAAAGGCAAGACACUUAAUUCAGAAGAAAAUCAUAGGAGAAGACAGAACACUCUGGACUGACACCAUUCUUCUCUGGCACAAGUGUCAAAAUCUUUUACAAAGUGUGCAGAGGUGUGUGAAGAGGAAACGGGAGGAAGGUCCAAGAAAAGAAUGCGCCACUAAGAGAGUUCAUUUGGAGCAAAGUCAAUCUCUGAUGCUCCCAGUUUCAUGCCAGAAUUGGAGCAAGACAUCAGAACUUGAACAGCAAGAAGGAGAGGACGAGCUUCACAAAGCCUCCAGUGACUCUACCAGUUCUGUGAAUGGCCAGCAGAUGUUCAGAGUUUCGUGUCGCUGUAGUGGCAGCAUUGCACGCAUGUUUAAUGCGCAGGAGCUUGGAAGGAUGAUUGGAACAGCAGUUGCUAAACAUUUUGGAUGGAAAACAGAAUUAAAAGACCCAGAAUUUGAGAUAAAUGUCCAUCUCAGUGACGUCUACUGGGUUGUUGGAAUUCCAGUUUUCAGGCUGCCUUUAGCUCAAAGAUCAUACAUCAAAACCGCAGGACUGAGGCCCACAAUUGCAUGGACUAUGGCGUUUCUUGCUGAUAUCAAGGCUGGUUCUGUUCUUCUUGAUCCAAUGUGUGGAGUUGGCACAAUUUUGCUAGAGGCUGCAGAGGAGCGUCAGGACUCGGUUUUCAUAGGGACCGACAUUAGUGAAUCGCAGCUUAAAAUGGCCCAUCAAAAUGUGGAAUCUGCAGGUCUCUCUGGGAAAAUAAACCUCAUCAGAGGAUCAGCGACAGAAAUACCACUUCAGCCGGCUAGUGUGGACGCCAUCGUUUGUGACCUUCCUUUUGGGAGAAAAUUCAAGUGCAAGACGGACAUAAGAACACUGCUGCCAACCGUACUCAAAGAGAUGGAGAGGGUCCUCCGCGUUGGAGGAAACCUUGUCCUCCUCCUGAGUCCUCCACUCAGCGUCCACAUACAGAAACAUUUCAGUUCUGACCGAAUGGUGGGCAGCGGUAUAACCUCACCCGUCAGAGUGGACUCUUCCUUCUCCACGGACACAAAUACGCAGGCCGGGUCAGCUGAUAGGAAGUUGCUGCAACAGGAAAAUCCAAGGAGAAGAAAUGAAGUUGCAGACGGUGAGGCGGCCAGAGCCCACGCAGAACAUACCGUGGCGGGGGCGUCUUCGCCAAGCCCUGCUCUCCCACUUGCGGACUUUCCUUCUUUGCAGCUCAAUGCCAUUUACAGAGUGAGCCUGGGGCUCACGGAUGGACUGAUCCAUUGGUAUAAAAAGGUUCUGCUCACGUGAUGUGCAAUGCAGCCCUCCUUGUUAGGAUUUUAUACCUUGUAAUAUCGGGGGGGGGGGGGGCUAACAGUGGGAUACAUUUUGAAUGAUUAAAAACGGUCACUUUGUAGUA